AGUUGACAUCUCCAAGCAGAUUAAUAUACAUUCCCACCAAACUAAACCAGAUAACAUUUCCUCAAAACAAGUACACUUAAGAUGGAGGAUUUACCUUUUGAGGAACAAACCCUGCUCAUGGAGUGCUUCCGCAUGUUCGACAAAGAGAACGAGGGUGCCAUCACCUCCAAGGAAAUGUCGGCCGUGAUUCGCGCUCUGGGUCGCCAGCCCAUUGAUACGGAAGUCCAGUCAUUGAUCAACGAGGUCGAUUCGGACGGAAAUGGCUCCAUCACGGCCGCGGAAUUCUGCACCGUGAUACUUCGCAAAAUGCAUGACACUGGCCAAGAAGAAGAGCUGCGCGAUACUUUCCGCGUUUUCGAUAAGGAGAACAACGGAUAUAUCACCAUCAUUGAGCUAAAGAACAUAUUCACGGCUCUUAGCGUGAAAGUGAGCGAUGAAGAGUUGGAGGAUAUGAUACGAGAGUACGAUUUGGAUCAGGAUAAUAAGAUCAAUUACGAGGAGUUUGUCAACAUGAUGACUACGCGAUAGCUUCCAGGCGACUUCGGCAUUGACUUUAUUGUCAUUUUAAAUUUAUUGUUUACUUAUUUUAGUUGUCACAAAACCAACAAGGAAACAACAAAAACAAAGACUCACUACAGUAAAACAUAAAA